UGGAGAAUUAUGUCUGCAGUUUGGAAGACUCCCUGUGGAUCAAAUGCGAUGCCUGAGAUGAUGGUGAAAAUCAUUGGAAGUAAACGCUUUCGAUACCUUGUGGAGAAGCCAAAAAUCAAGGAGAACCAGAACUUGAAGGCAGAAACUCAAACAGUGCUCCAGAAAUCAGUGACCGGUGAUGCAAAGCAGAUCGGUGGAGACCCACCAGCUCCGACUGAUCCCACAGAUCAUCAAAUCAAUCAUGACCCAGAUGAUGUGAAAGAGAGCAAGCACCGAGAGAACAACCAGAAACGAGAAGACAAUGGGAAACUCCUAACAGGAACAUUCAGUUGUAGAUUUCUGGAUGGCAAAGUUUCCAACCAGGCAAAUGUCUACUGUAUCUCUCAGCCAACUGGAGACCAGUCCCUGUCCUAUAUCCAUGGCCUCCCCAGGAGAAACUUUAGAGACUGGUCCUUAGAACAGAUGGCAAGGAGCAGCUCUGACCAACCCAAGGAUAUUGGCCGGAGACCAAGUGGAACAACAAGAGAAGACACUUUCCUUCUUGCCCUGGUCAGAAGAGAACUCAAGUCUCUUCCUUUGAGUUCUGGCUUAUUAGACAAACUUCAGAAAGAGCUGAAGAUACUGGAUCCUGUCUCUUCAGGAUUUCUUCUCCACUCUCAGCUGAGCCACCUCUUCUUAAGGCUUGAAGUCCCUCUGCAGUUGCCAACAGUCAAGAUCCUUUGCCAGAGAUUUUCUAGGGGGACCUCUCCUGAAAUGGUGAAUUAUGAAAAGCUGCUCUGGUUUUUAAAAGUUGCAGCUUCAGAAGAUACAGAGCAAAACAAAGGAGUUGAGGACAGCAAUGUAAAGGAAACUCAGAGCAGUAGCCAUCAAAGUAUUGCCCCUCAAGACUACAACUCAAGGUCAGAAGUGAACGAGAGCCUGUUGGAAGUCCUGAAGAUGGCACUGAGGGCAACCAAGGCCAAACUCAACAUAGAGAAACUCAACCUGAGUUUUCGAAAAGAAGAUCGCUCAUUCUCUGGCUGCCUGCCCCCACCCAAGGUCAGAGCUAUAUGUGGGAAACAUGGAUUAUAUCUGACUUUGAGUCUUUUGGAAACAUUGCUUAACCAUCAAGAUUUGGGUUACCAAGAUGAAAUAAAAUGGGAGAAUUUUGUUGAGUGGUUGGGCAGAGCUUCCUCUGAUUUGUCAUCUGAUUUUCCUCCAGGAAAGAAAGGAAAGGAAAUUUCUGCUACUCCAGGGCAUCCUGAAGCUCCUGAGAUAUCUCAAGGAAAAAUUGAACAAAUGAAAACUCCAGAAAAAGAUUUGAAACCAGAAAACCCACCUCCUGAGACUUCAGCCCCCAAAGAUAUCCUGAAUGCCUUGAAGAUCAGGCCAAUCUCACAGCCUUCUGUCAGUCCUGUGAUGAAAAACACAGCUGAAGAAUGUGAGACGUGGAUCAACAGGUUCAGGAAGCUAGAAAAUGCGCUCUAUCUGUGUGAUCUGAGUAAUACAGGAGUCCUAGAGAAGGAACGAGCCAGAUGCCUCAUUCACAACUACAAUCUCAUUUACAACCUGUCCCUGAGCCCUCGGAAAAUUGACCAAGCCUUGCGGAGUUUCUGUGCUGGAGAAAAUAUGCUCUUGGAGCCAGCGCUUUGGUACUUAAAGGAGCUAUGAUAACAAGCCCAUAUUGUGAGAACAGAUGUUCCCUUUAUCUCCCUUUUUACCCAGACACGUGUUUCUCCCCGGCCCGAGUGCAGUGGUGGAGGCACUGUCAGAAUUGAGGCCGGCGCAGCUAUUGUAGACACUUUGAACUUGGACUUGGUUUCUGGCUAGGAUGCUCGCUCAUAAGCAGCUCCAAGUGAUCUGAGAAAACCAGGUUUUUCUCUUCUGAGGUGGCAAAAGCCCAAUUUCUUAAAAUCCUCUUCUAAUCUUAUAAAGCUGAUGAUGAAUAUUCAAAGAUUUUUUUGCUAUAUUGCUGAUCAAACAGUAUUUUUGCAAACUCUGCAGUUCCAUAUAGUAAAAAAACACGCUGCUGCUGCUAAGUUG